AUGAAUGAUCCAAGAGAAGUGCUGACCACAGACCCUUACGAUAAUGUAUCAUCAGAUGAGCAAGAUGAAGAAGCCAUACUUCGAGACCUGGAGAAUGUUGAACGUAAAAGACAGGAUCUAUUAAAUAGGAUUAAGGAGAAACAGGAAAGUAAGAAACUACUGGACCCAAAUUUCCAACAACUUCAAGUACCUUGCUCCCCUGUAAAGAAGACGGAAACUAAUGUACCCGUGGCAAUGAAGAAGUCAACUAAUGAGAUGGAAAUACCUCAUGAAAAUCCAAAUGAGUUGAGGAUCAGAGAGAAAUCAGGUCAGCUUCCUUCUAAUACCACAACUUAUUUUAUGGAGAAGUUUCAAAAGAGCAAGAAGGAAGAAGAAGGGAAAAUCCAGAAAAUGGAGAAUAUGAUGAAUGCUAGGGUACAUACGUUCCAAGAUCAGGGUGGCAAACAAGAAUUUAAACCCAUACAAGUCAAUGAAAUUGAAGAGUACUCCAAUAUUUGGCUGAAGAAACGAUACAUUCCACAAUCUGAGUUAAGGAAGAUGUUACAUAAUAUCAAGAUACUUCGACUGAGUAAGUUAUUUGCUAAAGUUCGCCCUCCCAAAUUUAGUGAACCACAGUAUUCGAAUUGGGCAGCAUUAGGUAUUAUCAGUGCGAAAGGUGACGCCAAGUUUACCACCACAGAUAAGCCUAAAAAAUACUUAAAAUUUACCAUGACAGAUUUUCAACACAAAUUAGAUGUUUACAUCUUUGGUAAAGGUGGAGUUGAAAGAUAUUACAAUCUUCGAGUUGGUGAUGUGAUUGCCAUUUUAAAUCCUGAAGUGUUCCCCUGGAGACCCUCUGGGAAGGGCCAAUUCAUUAAAUCAUUUAAUCUUCGAAUAAACCAUGACUUUAAAUGCAUAUUGGAGAUCGGAAGUAGCAAAGAUUUAGGAUUUUGUAAAGUGACGUCAAGGAAUGGCACCUUAUGUAACACACCAAUCAAUAUGUCGAAGGAAGAUAGAUGUGACUACCAUCAAGAGAUUCGAUUUAGAGAUAAUAAUUCCAAAAGAAUUGAAUUAAAUGGGAGUUUUGCCCUUGGAGCACCAACAAAAGUGGAAAACAAUCCUACGUUAUAUAGGAAGAAGAAUGGUGAGACUCGUCAUUCAAGGAAGAAUAGACAAAACUUUAGUGUUAGUGCAAGCUUUGGGUCCAUUAAUAAGGAUCAAUUUGAUUUAAGAAAUAGACAUUUUUCCAAUAACAAUUCAGCCAAGGCAUUUUUUGACGAAAAGUUUCAAAAUCCUGAUAUGUUGAACAAUUUGAACAGUAAGAGAAGAAAGAUCCAAGAUGACAAGAAAUGGACACGGAUUGAUAAGGAAUUGAGUAAGGCCAUUGGUAAUAGAGCUUCAGAUGACUUGGGGGAACGAAGUGCUAUGGAAGUGAAACAGAUGAAGCGUGCUACAGAGACAACUUUACAAAGUGGUGUUAUUCAAAGAUUAGGAUUUGAUCCAACACAUGGUAAGAUUGCCAAUGUCUUAAGAACGACCCAUAGUAAGGAGGAGAAGGAUACAUUAAGUGAGCAAAUGAGUGGGAAGAAAGAUAAAGUGAACGAUUUGUUACAUUUUAGGAAAAGUCAUGUUAUUCUUGCUCCUACAAGAAAUGAAUUAAUUGAACGUCGAGACCGUCGAGAGAGAAUCUGGCAAGAAAAUUUUGGUCAAAAGAGGAAACCUAUUAGUGCGAAUGAUUUAUUGGCCAUAGAGGGCAGUAGUAGUGAUAGUAGUAGUGACAGUGAAUUAGAAAUUAUUUAA